GGUAUGUUACAGGUAUAAAAGCGACUCGAGAGAGAUAGCCUUCGCGACCGCCCUCCGGCCCCAGUUGCCAAGAUGUUUGCGAAGGCGUUUCUCACCUUCGCUGCUCUCGUCAUCGCUCGCUCUGUAUGGCGGUUCCUCCAGCGCUUCGUAGUUCGUACACCGCUGGACAAUAUACCGGGGCCGGCACCUGCUUCUUUGAUGACGGGGAACUUCAAGCAGCUCUUCAGUGUUGACGGCUGGGCGUUCCACGAGAGGCUUGCCUCACAAUACGGUCCUUCCGUACGAUUGACCGGCGCUAUGGGAGAGCGAAUACUAUAUGUGGCGGAUCCGAAGGCUCUUUACCACAUCGUCGUCAAGGACCAAGAUAUCUUCGAGGAGCAUCCUCAAUUUAUCGCCGCGAACAGCGUCUUCUUCGGACCAGGCCUACUGACGACAACGGGCGAUCAUCACAGGAAGCAGCGCAAGCUCAUGAAUCCUGUAUUUUCUACCACGCAUAUGCGCAACAUGAUCCCUCUUUUCUACGAGGUCAUCGACGCUCUUCGCACUACGCUUGAGAGGAAGAUAGAGACAAGCCCCACUGAGGUCGACAUGCUCCACUGGAUGGGUCGGACGGCGCUCGAGUUGAUCAGCCGCAGUGGACUCGGAUACUCAUUCGACUCGCUCGCUCCGGACGCGGUACCGCAUCCCUACGCAGCCAGCGUCAAGGAGUUUAUCCCGACCAUGUUCCGCCUCUUCCUCCCGCGUGUUUACAUUCUCCCCCACGUUUACAACCUCGGCCCCGCCUGGUUCCGUCGCGCGGUCGUGAACCUUAUCCCCUCGCCGACGAUGCACGCCCUGCGCGACAUGACGGACGUGAUGUGGAACACGUGCAACGACAUUUACUCGCAGAAGGUAGCGGCGCUGCAGGCGGGCGACGCGGAGGCGGCGAAGCAGGUCGGCGGCGGGAAGGAUAUCCUGAGUUUGCUCAUCCGCGCCAACCAGAACACCGACGACCCUCUCCCGAAGGAUGAAGUCCUCGCGCAGAUGUCCACGAUCGUGUUUGCUGCGAUGGACACGACGUCGUCAGCGCUCGUGCGCAUCCUCCACCUGCUCUCCACGCAUACCGACGUGCAAGAUCGUAUCCGCGCCGAAAUUCGCGCGGCAAAGCGAGAGCACGGCAGCGUCCUAGCGUACGACCAGCUCGAGGCGCUUCCGUAUCUCGACGCCGUCUGUCGCGAGACCCUCCGUCUCUACCCGCCCGUCCCGCAACUCAUGCGAAUGGCGCGAAAGGAUGUCGUCCUCCCCUUCAGCAAGCCCGUCAUCGGCGAGGAUGGCAAAGAGCUCUCGGACGUCUUCCUUCCCGCCGGCACGAUGGUCAUGAUCGCCAUCAUGAACGCGAACAGAAACAAGGAGAUCUGGGGCGGGGAUGCAGGCGAGUGGAAGCCAGAGCGCUGGCUUGCCCCACUGCCGGAGACGGUCGCCGAAGCGCAUGUACCUGGCAUCUAUAGCCAUCUGAUGACCUUCUUGGGCGGUGGACGGGCGUGCAUUGGCUUCAAGUUCUCGCAGCUCGAGAUGAAAACCGUCCUGGUCGAGCUCCUCGACACCUUCAAGGUGGCGCCCAGCGCGAAGACAGUACAUUGGCGCAUGAGCAAUAUCGUCUCACCUUACCUCGAGGAGGAGCCACAGAGGUCUCAAUGUCCCGUUCUGCUGUCGAAGGCCGACUAGUAACAACCCGUUCGUUAUUGCGUCGUGGUUCGUAUCGCCUCGGCAUCUGCCGCCGGAACCGGAAAAUACAUCCGCGGUCACGUGCAAAAAACGAACUCGGUUCUGAACUUGCUAUUAGGGAGGUUGAGCGAACAGAAUACCGUAUAUAAAGACCAAGAAUUUCGGCCGCCCCUUUCACUACCUACCCGUGGUCCCUCUAUACACAGACACUAUGCACGCAGCGCUAUAGGUACAGGUGAAGCCGAAGCCGGGUGGCCUUGGCGGGGGCCCGCUAUCUUGACAAUUUAUCUACGGAAAUCUGUUUGCUCAACCUCCCUAUUGGUAUGAGGUGCGCGCGUCUUCCUCUGGCGCAUACUGCCAACAGACAACCCUCUGGCAUAACAAUACAGUCAUUAUCCUUUGAUGA